AAAAUACAAAUUAAAAAAAAAAAGAAAUAAAAAGCUAACAAACAAACUAGAACGACGCAACAAAGAGAGCAGAGUAGACAGCAAAACGCAAAAAGGCGAUGCGGGAAACAGAAAAUUAACAAAAAAAAAAGGGUCAAAAAAUAGAAGAAAAUAAGAAGGGUUUUUCAGUUUCAGGUUAUUAAAUUUUGAAUUUCGUGGUUUAUUGGAUCGAGCAGUGAAGAGAAUUUACCACUCUAACUGGAGAAGAAGAAAAAGAAGAAGCCGAAAUUGAAAUUCAGGGUGUUUGGAUAUUGGAAUUUGAGGUGCUAGUGUUCCGGGUUAUUGGAGGUCGUGAAUUUUUGUGGUUGUGGUUGUGAGAGCGGCAAAUGAAUGAAUCAUGAUGACUGGGAUCAGGUGGGAUAGUUGUAGAUGGGCACCCCCGACAACAAACUAUCUGACCUGGUUGACAUAGUUAAGUCGUGGAUCCCCAGGAGAAGUGAGCCGCCGAAUGUGUCGAAGGAUUUUUGGAUGCCUGAUCAGAGUUGUAGGGUAUGCUACGAGUGUGACUCACAAUUUACAGUAUUUAAUCGUAGGCAUCAUUGUCGACUUUGUGGCCGAGUUUUCUGUGCCAAGUGUACGGCAAACUCAGUUCCUGCUCCAUCUGAUGAGCAAAGAGCUGGUCAGGAAGACUCUGAAAGGAUUAGGGUAUGUAAUUAUUGCUUCAAGCAGUGGGAGCAGGGGAUAGCAGCUGUUGAUACUGGGACCAAUGCGCAUAGCCCUGGUCUCAGUCCAUCACCAUCUGCAACAAGCUUGGCCAGUACCAAAUCAAGCUGCACCUGUAAUAGUAGUAGCAGCACUGUUGGUUCUACUCCGUAUUCAACUGGACCAUACCACCGUGUGAAUUAUAAUUCUGGUCUUAGCCCUCGUGAAUCUUCCCAGAUGAAUGCAUCAGCCACCGAACAAAACAGUGAGGCAUGUGGGACUAGCACAAAUCCAAGUUCAGCUGCAGUAGAUUCUUCUUCAAACCAUUUUGGCUUUUGUGAUAACAGGAGUGAUGAUGAAGAUGAUGAUUAUGGUGCUUAUCAUUCAGAUUCAGAAUCAAGGCAUUAUGCUCAUGCUGAAGACUAUUAUGGUGCGAUCAAUAUUGGAAGCAUCGACCAUGUCUAUGGAUCGGAUAAAGUGCAUCCUGAUGGAGGGAACAUGGAUACAAAAUCUCUGAGUGGUUCAACAUUACCUGAGAAUUUCAAUACACAGAGUGUGGAUGGAAUCAAGAAAUUUGAAGAACGAGAGAAUGCUGAUGAGGGUGAAGCUCCUGCUUAUGAUGUGGAUGGUACAGAUGUUGAGCCUGUGGAUUUUGAGAACAAUGGGCCACUGUGGCUCCCGCCAGAGCCAGAGGAUGAAGAGGAUGAAAGAGAAUCUGCUCUAUUUGAUGAUGAUGAUGAUGAGGGUGCUUCAGGGGAGUGGGGAUAUUUACGCUCUUCAAAUAGCUUUGGUAGUGGGGAAUACCGUAGUAGGGAUAAGUCAAAUGAGGAGCACAGACGGGCCAUGAAAAAUGUAGUGGAAGGGCAUUUUAGAGCUUUGGUAGCUCAGCUUUUGCAGGUUGAAAACCUCCCUGUUGGUGAUGAGGAUGGCAGAGAUAGUUGGUUGGAUAUAAUCACAUCUUUGUCAUGGGAAGCUGCAACACUUCUGAAGCCAGAUACAAGCAAAGGAGGAGGAAUGGAUCCUGGAGGUUAUGUGAAGGUUAAAUGCAUAGCUUCUGGGCGUCGCAAUGAAAGUUCUGUGGUUAAAGGAGUUGUUUGUAAGAAAAAUGUGGCUCAUCGACGAAUGACAUCAAAAAUAGAUAAACCUCGUUUUCUAAUCCUUGGAGGAGCUUUGGAGUAUCAGCGCAUUUCUAACCACUUGUCAAGUUUUGAUACAUUGUUGCAGCAGGAAAUGGACCAUUUGAAGAUGGCAGUUGCUAAAAUUGAUGCACAUCACCCUAAUGUUCUUUUGGUGGAGAAAUCUGUGUCCCGGUAUGCCCAAGAGUACCUUCUUGGCAGAGACAUAUCACUUGUUCUCAAUAUUAAGAGGCCACUCUUAGAGCGUGUAGCCCGCUGCACUGGUGCUCAAAUAGUUCCAUCUAUUGAUCAUCUAACAUCACCAAAGCUGGGAUAUUGUGAUGUGUUCCAUGUGGAGAAAUUUCUUGAAGAGCAUGGAAGUGCUGGGCAAUGUGGGAAGAAACUAACAAAGACUCUAAUGUUUUGUGAGGGUUGCCCAAAGCCUCUGGGUUAUACUAUUUUACUCAAGGGUGCCAACGGAGAUGAGUUGAAAAAGGUGAAACAUGUGGUCCAAUAUGGAGUUUUUGCAGCUUAUCACUUGGCUCUUGAGACAUCAUUUCUAGCUGAUGAAGGUGCUACGCUUCCGGAGCUCCCUUUAAAGUCUCCUAUAACUGUUGCCUUACCUGAUAAACCAGCAAGUAUUGACAGGUCUAUUUCCACCAUACCUGGUUUUACUGUCCCAUCCUCUGGCAAGCCCAUGGCUUCUCAACCUAUAAAUGAACUGCAGAAAUCCAACAAAGUUGUUAUCUCAGAUAGACCUUCAUCCGCCAAUGUUGAGGCCCCUUGCAAAUCUACAGGGGCCAGUUCAUCUUGCCUGUCAAAAGGUCUUCACUUUCAGACUACAUUAAAGGAAUCUGCCUCAAGCUCUAUUGAAGUUAUUACUUCCUUGAAUUCACUGUCUGCUUUGAGGGAGAAUAUCUCAUCUCAUAGCAAUGUUCCCUCCUUAAAUCAUGCAUUUAGCAAGGUCGAUGGAAUAGAUCCUAAACAAUCUGUCCAGACCAAGACAGCUAGCAGUGAAGCUGUGAUGGAUGACCGGUUCAUUUCUAUUUGUCAAAGCUUAUUAGAAGCAGCAGAGCAAGGUGGUGGCAGUAAUCAUGCUGAUGGCAAUAUGUUGGUUGCUAAUCAUCUAGGUGGCCCACAGUUGGCGUCCUCAAAACAAGAUACUAGUAAUAACAAUGAAGAGGUGGGAUCUUCAAAGGAAGAGUUUCCUCCAUCACCUUCAGACCAUCAGAGCAUUUUGGUGUCAUUAUCAACACGUUGUGUAUGGAAGGGCACUGUGUGUGAACGGUCUCAUCUCUUUCGAAUUAAAUACUAUGGGAGCUUUGAUAAGCCUUUGGGGCGAUUUUUACGAGAUCAUCUGUUUGAUCAGAGCUUCCGUUGUCGUUCAUGUGAGAUGCCAUCUGAGGCACAUGUUCAUUGUUACACUCAUCGGCAAGGUAGCCUGACAAUAUCUGUUAGGAAACUACCAGAGCUUCCCUUACCAGGAGAGCGAGAAGGCAAGAUUUGGAUGUGGCAUAGGUGCUUGCGAUGCCCUCGGACCAAUAAAUUCCCUCCAGCCACUCGAAGAAUUGUAAUGUCUGAUGCUGCUUGGGGUUUAUCCUUUGGGAAAUUUUUGGAGCUGAGCUUUUCUAACCAUGCAGCUGCUAGCAGAGUUGCAAGCUGCGGUCAUUCCCUUCACAGAGAUUGUCUUCGAUUCUAUGGUUUCGGGAGAAUGGUUGCUUGUUUUCGAUAUGCUGCUAUUGAUGUUCAUUCCGUUUAUCUUCCACCUCCAAAACUGGAAUUUAAUUAUGAUAAUCAGGAGUGGAUACAAAGUGAAGCAAAUGAGGUGAGUAACAGGGCAGAAUUCCUAUUUAGUGAAGUGUACAAUGCUCUGCAAAAGAUGUCUGAGAAAUUAUUAGGUCCAGGGUUCCAAGAUGGUGGCAGAAAGGCACCUGAAAAAAGAAUUUGUAUUGAAGAGCUGGAAGCAAUGCUGCAAAAGGAUAGAGAAGAAAUUCAGGAAUCUUUACAGGAAGUGCUUUGUAAGGAGGUGAAAGUUGGCCAACCUGUUAUUGACAUUCUUGAGAUCAAUAAGUUGCAGAGGCAAAUACUCUUUCUUUCUUAUGUUUGGGACCAACGGCUGAUACAUGCAUUCAGUUCAAUUAACAAUAAUAUCCAGGAAGUUAUGAGCAGUUCCAUCCCAAAGCUUGGAUUGAAGCCUGUAAGCUCUGUGGAGAAGCUUGUUGAGAUAAACGUCAGUCCCAAGCCAAGUAAAGCCCUUAGUAGUUCUGACUCUGCCCUAGUUGAGACCAAGCCUGAUAUAAACAUAAAUCAAGGAGGCAAUACAGGUGAAAUUAGCGAGCCAGGUGGAGAUCAUAGAGAAAAGGGGAUGGACCAGGACCUGAAUAGCAGGAAUGAGGCUGAAUCUUCUCUUUCUUCUAGUGCAAAUACCAGUGAGGAAUUUGAUUCUCUGGAAUCUGGAAAAGUUGUACGAAGGGCACUGUCAGAAGGUGAAUUUCCAAUUAUGGCAAAUUUAUCUGACACCCUUGAGGCAGCAUGGACAGGCGAAAGUCACCCAGCUAGUGUAGUUCCUAAGGAGAAUGGUUACUCUGUUUCUGAUACAGUUGUGGUGGAUCUGUCAACUGCAGUAAAUUCAGAUAUGGGAAAUUGUACUAGUGAUCGUGGUGAAGUGGAGGUGGCUUGUUCUCCUCAGUCUGCUUUGCCUACUAAGGGACCUGAAAGUAUGGAGAAGUCUAUGAGCUGGGCAAGCAUGCCUUUUCCAAAUUUCUACAGCUCAUUUAACAAGAAUUCUUCAUUCAAUGCUCAAAAGCUCAGUAUCAGUGAGUAUAAUCCUGUCUAUAUCUCAUCAUUUAGGGAGUUGGAAAGGCAAAGUGGUGCCAGGCUGCUGCUUCCUAUUGGUGUUAAUGACACGGUAGUGCCUGUUUAUGAUGAUGAGCCCACUAGUAUUAUAGCAUAUGCACUUGUCUCAUCGGAUUAUUAUUCACAGAUGUCUGAGUUGGAGAAACCAAAAGAUGCUGCAGAUUCUGCAGUUUCAUCAUCACUUUUUGAUUCAGUGAAUCUGCUUUCACUUAAUUCUUUUAAUGACUCAUCAUCUGAUACUUUCAGAAGUUUCGGAUCUGGUGAUGAGAGUAUCUUGUCUAUAUCUGGAUCAUACAGCUCCCUGGUUACAGACCCUCUCUUGUACACAAAAAAUUUCCAUGCCAGAGUUUCUUUUACAGAUGAUGGCCCCCUGGGGAAGGUGAAGCAUAGCGUAACCUGUUAUUAUGCAAAGCGGUUUGAGAGAUUGAGGAGGACUUGCUGCCCUUCUGAGCUGGAUUUUAUACGUUCUCUCAGUCGUUGUAAGAAGUGGGGUGCUCAAGGUGGCAAGAGCAAUGUCUUCUUUGCAAAAACUUUAGAUGAUCGAUUUAUCAUCAAACAAGUUACAAAGACAGAACUAGAAUCAUUCAUCAAGUUUGGACCAGCUUAUUUCAAGUAUUUAUCUGAUUCAAUCAGUACAAGAAGCCCAACUUGCCUGGCAAAGAUCUUGGGCAUAUAUCAGGUUUCAUCAAAGUACCUUAAAGGAGGGAAGGAAUCAAAAAUGGACGUUUUGGUGAUAGAAAAUCUUCUCUUUAGGCGUAAUGUUACAAGGCUUUAUGACCUUAAAGGAUCUUCUCGAUCAAGGUAUAAUCCUGAUACAAGUGGCAGCAACAAAGUUCUCCUGGAUCAGAAUUUGAUUGAAGCAAUGCCAACAUCUCCAAUAUUUGUUGGGAGCAAGGCAAAACGAUUGUUGGAGAGGGCUGUCUGGAAUGACACUUCCUUUCUUGCUUUUAUUGAUGUAAUGGACUAUUCAUUACUGGUUGGUGUGGAUGAGGAAAAACAUGAGCUUGUUCUUGGGAUAAUCGAUUUCAUGAGGCAAUACACAUGGGACAAGCACCUUGAAACUUGGGUGAAGAUCUCAGGCAUCCUUGGAGGGCCUAAAAACGCAUCUCCAACUGUGAUCUCGCCCCAACAAUACAAGAAGCGAUUCAGAAAAGCUAUGACUGCUUAUUUUCUCAUGAUGCCAGAUCAAUGGUCUCCUCCAACAAUUGUUCCCAGUGGGUCGCAGACAGAACUUUGUGAAGAAAAUACACAGGGUGGUAAUUCUGUUGAAUGAUAAUGUGAAUCCUUUUUGCCUGUAUGUGUCAAGAUGUAAGUUCAAAUAGCGAUUCUCUCUCUCUCUCUCUCUCAUUUUUGCCUCAUCUUUUUCCUUCCAUCCAAUUGUAAUUUUAAAUGGCUGCCACAUUGUAUCAUUUAUCAUAUAUAUGCAUCUGUUAUUAUUUUUUGUUA